AUGCUCGUGAAGCUCUUCAUUCUCGCCUCUCUCCUUCUGGCGUCAAGCUGCGAGGAGGACAGCUCUAGUUCUGGUUACUCCGGUGGAAACGUGGCUGUGAAGGCGGGUAGUCUCGCUGGCUACGUUCCAGUGUCUGAUGUCAAAGAGCACUCAGAGAUUGACCUGGACUUGCGAGGAAUCGAAUUGGCAAAGAAUGACUGGACAGCAGCCAAGAAAAUUUACACUGAAGGUGGAGGGUCGAUGAAGUCGUCAGAUCCUGUCAAGUACAGAACCUUGCAAGACAUGGCAAACAUCUACAAAGAUCCUUCUAGCACCUUCCCGCGGUCUGAACCCUUUGCGAAGAUGGCACACGCCUUCUGGCAAACGUGGACUUUCGCGGACGACCACAUGCGAGCAGUUCUGGACGGCAAGGACGAAGUCAAGUACGGCACUUAUGCCACUGGAGAUCUCGCCAAGACAGACAGCGCCCGAUCGCAGAUGACAAAGAAGUUGGCUCAGUACACCAUCGACUGGCUCUACGUCCUGCACGAGAUCGAAGGAGCUCUGGCUGGCUACAACGACGUCAGUCUGGGUAACUCAAGGUUCGAGGCCAACGGAGCAGCUCACACGCUAGACGAGGCAUGGGCCUUCUAUGUCGGCAGCCUAGAGGAUGGGAGCCAAGAGGACGGCGAGGUGGACGGCCAGGGCCUCGGCUACGCUCCGUACAUGCUAGCGGAGAAGAUGUCGAAGGACUUCAAGACCUACGGGUACAUCAUCGGCAAUGGCGGAUCGUCGCGAGUCAACUGGGAGCUCAUGUACCAGUUCACCGCUGCGCAGCGAUACCUUCAGACUCCUGACAAAGCUGCUGAGGUGGCGGAAUCGUUCAAGUGCAUCAGAGCUCAACUGAUGGUUCCUGUCGUUCAAGCUUGCAUCGUGUACUCGUAUGAGGCCUCCUCCGCAGACAUAACUUCAGACUCCAACCUCGCCAAGAUCAAGGCAGAGGCCUGGGCCUUCUGUGCCGCUGCGCUCCCCUGGUUGCAUGACGUGGAUCCCACAGCCGCCGCCAAGGUGAAGGAGGAAGUCAUUAUCUCCAAUGCCAAACGCCCCAACUGGUCAGUCGUGAAGGAGUCGUUCAGCGGGAAAAAUCUCAACAAGAUGGGCAUUAAGUGUGACGACAUUGGCUCGCUGGAUGAAGCUUACCCCAAUGCCAAGUUUGACAAGUGCAGCGAUGACAAGUCGCUGUUCACUAGCAGCUACGCCCGAUCUGAUGUGUGUGGGAAUGUGAAGAUGCCGAAGCAACGCUCUGUUGGUUCAUAA